UCUAUUACGAAGCAAUCGAUCACUUUAUCCCCCCACACCCCACACACACACAAAGAAUAUAUAUUCCUUUAUUACUAAGCAAUUUACUUCCAUUCAUUAAUUUAGAACUCACAGCGUCAAAAUUUUGAAUAUAGUUCAUCAUCGAUCAAUUUCAAUGUGUGAAAGAGCUAGUGGUAGCGGUGUACAAAAAUCGUUAUAUCUCCCCACGACGUUGAGUCAUCGGAGGAGUACUAGGACCGUGGCACGACGAACAUUAUUAAAGCAUCAUAGGGCAAGAAAAAGUAUUGAAAGAUGGAAAUCUGAGCCUUGUUUUUGGAGAAAUAUAAAUGGAGAUGGAGGUGAAAAUGAAGAUGAUCGUCGUCGUUUUCAUCCACGGGAUGUUACUACGACGUCGUUGGAGGUUCUUUUCCGGCCACAAACUUGUACGGAUUUAUUUUUCUCAUCGGAUUAUCUUAAUGUUCCUUCUCCAAAGAGUACUCAAGUGUACAAGAAGGAUGCAAAAGUAGUGGUUAAUGUGACAAUUGAGGGCACACUUGGACCAAUUAAAACCAUGGUCAAGUUGGGAUCAAAUGUUGAAGAGACCAUAAAACUUGUCCUAAAUAAAUAUAAAGAAGAAGGUCGAAGUCCUCAUCUUGAUGAUUCUUCAUCAUUCAAGUUGUACACUUCUCACUUUAGUCUUGAGAGCUUGAAUAAUUCAGAUGUGAUUGGAUAUGUGGGAAGUAGAAGCUUUCACCUUCGCAAGAGUAAUAGUAACAAUGGAAAUAAUUCAAAGCAAUUUAAUUCCAAUCCAUUUCUUGCACUAAAGAUCAAUAAAUUCAUAAAAGGAACAAGCAAUAUUUGGAAACUCCUUAGUUGCAUACAUUGUUUUGAAUAAUCGUCUCAAGUGAGAGGCGGAUUCAAAAUUUGAAAUUUAUGAUUAUGAUGUUUAUUAUUAUAUUAAAUAGGGGUGGAAUCAAUAAAGCUUAUAAAUUCUGAGUU